AACAAAGAAACAGGCCACAAACUCAACAAAUGAGUGAACUUGCAGCUUCUGCUCUUGCGCCAUGCAAACUAAAGCUGAAGCAAGAAUGGCUAUAUCAACAUCAAUAUCAAUACCAUAGCCAUGCAUUAACGUUAACCAAAAGAUCAAAUUCACAGGCUUCUUUUUUAGUGGUCAAGGGCCAAAUGACAAUGAAGCCUGCCGCUUACUCUUCAAGAAUGUCUACUGACAUUCCAUUCUACGAGUCUCCUGGGGCCUCCUUUGAUCAGUACUUGGAUGAUAAACCUAGAGUUUUUAAAGCGAUUUUUCCAGACAAACGAAGAAGCCACCAACUUAAUGAGGAGGAGUGGAGAAUUCAGAUGUUGCCCAUACAGUUCCUCUUCCUGACUGUCUGGCCGGUAAUAGAUAUGAGGUUGAGAUGCAAAACUGGAGGGAAAGACUACCCUCCAGGAGUUCCAAGUGAUAUCAAAAAGGUUCUUGAGCUCGGCAUUACAAGAUGGGAGCUAAGAGGACUUGAUACUGUUCUCGAGCCGUCUCAAUUUUCUCUUGGCGUAAAAGGAGCAUUAUACUCUGACAGUCGAGGACCAAGAAGCCGGCUUAAAGGUCAACUAGAGAUGAAUAUAAGCUUCAUACUUCCUCCUGCCCUUGCAUUGAUCCCCGAAGAUGUUCGUAGAAACAUUGCAGAGUCGGUGUUAACAACACUGGUGGAGAACAUGAAGCAUAAAGUUAAUGGUAGCUUACUUGCAGAUUAUAGUAAAUUCAAGAGGGAGAGACCUACAUCUAGAAAGUCUGAGUUAAUUAACGAGUAUGAGGCUUCGAAGAGCAAACUAAACUAAGACAUACUUAGGACACGCAGCAGAAUUCUGAAGUA